AUGCGCAAUAGAGCUGAAGUGUUUAGUCAUCUACUUCAAAGGGGAUUUUCAAAAAAGUAUACUUGUUGGCAUAUGAAUGACGAAAAGCGUGCUCAAUCGAAUGUAGAAUCAUUACCCCGAGUACAUAAUAAGCCGGCUAGACAAUAUUCUAUGCAUGAUAUGUUGAAUGAUGUUUUUGAUAAUAAUGAAUUUCAAGAUUUUAGUCCAUCAAAUCUACUAAAUAAUGACAAUCCUAAAGGUGAUGAAGGUAAGAGUCAAGAAGAGAGAGAGGAAAUUAAGAAGUUGUUAGAGGAUGAGAAUCAAGAACUUUAUGAUGGUUGUACAAAAUAUAAUAAAUUGUCAUUCAUUGUUCGUUUUUAUCAUAUUAAGAUCUUAUGUGGUGUAACAGAUAAAUCAUUCUCAAUGAUUCUUGACCUUUUAAAGGAUGUUUUUCCCCAAGCGAAACUAUCAUCAUCAUUUUAUGAGUCAAAAAAGAUGAUUAAAAUUUUUUGUUUGAACUACAAUAAGAUUGAUGGAUGUCCGAACCAUUGUAUGCUAUAUUGGGGAUCAUCAGGGGAUGAAAAUAGAAAUAAAUGCAAGAUCUGUAAUACUUCUAGGUAUAUAUCAGAUGAAAAUGAUGUUGGUGCAAAUGUUAUAAUUGAUGACCAACAUAGAAAGAAACGAAAGCCAACGAAAGUGUUGCGGUACUUCCCAUUUAUACCUAGACUGAAAAGGCUAUACAUGGGCUCUAAAACUGCAGAACUCUUAAAGUGGCAUGCUACAAAAGCUAAUCCAGAUGGGUUAUUACGACAUCCUAGAGAUGGCAAAGCGUGGAAAUAUUUUGAUUCAUUCUAUCCAGACUUUGCUUCAGAGACUCGUAAUGUGCGACUUGCUUUAGCUCAGAUGGUUUCAAUCCAUUUGGAAAUCUAA